AUGGCAGUUUGUUUGUCUAAUUCUAGCAUGUCUGGCUUCCUUACUGGACUCAUUCUUUCUAGUAGCCAUUGGAAACAUCUUUCUGCAGUGCCUUCUAUUAUUUCGUAUCUGGACUCAAGAGUUCCUAUUGCUGCCAACCUUCAAACUAGAACACAAGGAUCACUAGCAGGGAAUACUGAUCUUCCCUCAACAACCAAGCCAAAAGUAACACCUAUCUCCCCUUCAGAGCAAAUCAAAGUUGUCACCUUAAGAAAUGGAAAAGCCACAGCACAGCCCACAGUUCAACCAAAGGAAAAGGAACAGACUGAAGCAUCUGAAGCAGCCCCAAAAGCACAACAACAAUCACCAGUCACAGAUGAACAGAACCCAGAACCUGAAAAGGAAGCCAACAACCAACCAAUCAGUCCAACUCAAAGCAAGCAAAUAUCAACAAAAAUUAUGUUCCCUCAAAGAACAAAAAAGCAACAGGAGGAUAAGCACUUUGGAAAGUUCCUUGACAUUUUAAAACAACUUCACAUCAACAUUCCUCUGGUGGACGCAUUAGAACAGAUGCGCAGGAUGAAGGAGAAGACUUGGAAGAAUGUUCUGCUCUCACAAAAAACAGAGGAAGAAGAAUAUGAGGAAGAAGAAGAAGAUCCACAACAGGAAGAGCAGAGUUGCUAUCUGCAAGAAAGAAGGCCUGAACCUUUGAUAAGAACUGAAAAGGAGAAGCAGCUCAAAAGACCUUCUUCAGAAAAACCUCCUGAGUUAGAACUAAAUCCCCUUCCCCAACAUUUGAAGUAUGCAUAUCUGGGGAACAACAACACCCUUCCUGUGAUCAUUUCUUCAUUUCUUACCAAGGAACAAGAAGAAUUGUUGCUUGACAAGCUCAAAAAGUAUCAAGGAGCCAUCAGUUGGACCAUAGCUGAUCUCAAAGGUAUCAGUCCCUCAUUCUGUAUGCAUAAAAUAUUAUUGACUGAUCCUAACAAUUUUUCAGUGGAACACCAAAGAAGAUUGAACCCUAUAAUGAAAGAAGUGGUGAGAAAGGAAGUUAUGAAAUGGCUGGAUGCAGGGAUCAUAUACCCAAUAUCUGACAGCAGUUGGGUAAGUCCUGUCCAAUGCGUCCUAAAAAAAGGAGGCAUAACAGUGGAGGAGAAUGAAAAGAAUGAGCUGAUACCUGUAAGAAAGGUUACAGGAUGGAGAAUCUGCCAAGAUUACAUGAAGCUCAACAAUGCCACCAGGAAGGACCAUUUCCCACUCCCUUUUACAGAUCAGAUGUUGGACCACCUAGCAGGAAAAGAAUACUUCUGCUUUCAUGAUGGAUAUUCGGGGUAUAAUCAAAUUGCCUUGGCACCAGAAGAUCAACAUAAAACCACCUUCACCUGCCCAUAUGGAACGUUCGCAUUCAGAAGGAUGCCCUUCGGGUUAUGUAAUACACCAGCAACGUUCCAGAGGUGUAUGUUCUCAAUCUUUUCUGAUCUAAUAGGUGAAGGAGUAGAAGUCUUUAUGGAUGAUUUUUCAGUACUGGGAACGUCAUAUGAUCACUGCUUGGACAACUUAGAAGAAGUUCUUCAAAGGUGUCUGUCCUCUAAUCUAGUGCUUAAUUGGGAAAAAUGCCACUUCAUGGUGAAAGAAGGAAUAAUCCUGGGACACAAGAUUUCCAGAGAAGGACUGGAAGUGGAUCAAGCCAAAGUAGAAGCUAUAGCAAAAUUGCCGCCACUAGUAAGUGUAAAAACCUUGAGAUCUUUUUUAGGGCAUGCAGGCUUUUACAGAAGUUCACCUGAAAAGGAGCUAUUGGCUGUAGUAUAUGCUUGUGAAAAAUUCAGGCCUUACAUUUUAGGAUCAAAAGUUACUGUCCAUACUGACCAUGCAGCUCUCAAGUAUCUCUUCUCAAAAAAGGAAGCAAAACCAAGAUUGAUAAGAUGGGUCCUACUGCUGCAAGAGUUCAAUCUGGAGAUCAAAGAAAGAAAAGGAUGUGAAAAUCAAAUUGCAUAUCAUCUGUCCAGAUUGGAACACAUUGAAGUGGGGCUACCAAUCAAGGAAACGUUCCCUGACGUACAAUUGUUUGUCAUUAAUCACAUAGAGACAAAUGCUCCUUGGUUUGCUGAUAUAGAAAACUUCCUUGCAGUAGGGCUGGAACCUUAUGAGGCGAAUAAAAUGCAGAAGAAGAAAUUUUUUCACGAUUGCAAGAACUACCUCUGGGACGAACCACUACUGUUCAGAAGAUGCGCAGACCAAAUGAUAAGAAGAUUGAUAUUUGGCAAAGCUUGCCACCUCCCACUCGAACUGGAGAACAAGGCUUACUGGGCAGUCCAAACCCUCAACAUGGAUGGAAAAACAGCUGGAGAGAAGAUAUUGCUGCAACUCGAAGAAUUAGAGGAGUUCAGAGGGAACACAUACGAAAAUCAUAAAUUGUACAAGGAGAAGAUGAAGAAGUGGCACGAUAAAAGGAUCAGGAACAGAGAUUUCAAAAUCGAUCAGAAGGUGCUACUCUUCAACUCCAGACUCAGACUGUUCCCAGGUAAACUCAAAUCAAGAUGGACCGGGCCAUAUCAAAUUGUUAACGAUGCAGGAAACAGAACUUUUGAAAUCCAAGGUUCAGAACAUGGCCGUUCCUACAAG